AACAAAUACACCUUCCUUUCCCGGAUCCACCCGUAGUGACUCGACCACGACUCGAAAACCCUCCCCCUCCCCCUUCUCCUCCCCCUCCCAGUCUCUCGGUCUGUCCAGGGUUACAGUUCAGCUGCAAAAAGAGAAGGAAAAUAAUUCAGUGGUGAAGCGAGGUUAAGCAUCCUCCUCGACCCACGAAUCACUCUACUUGAAAGUUUCUUGUUGUUUUUUGGCAGUAAUUAAAAAUUAGAGGAGGAGGAAGCAAAGAAAAUGAGCAUAGUAGCGAAAGAGACAAUCGAAGUGAUAGCACAAAGCAUAGGAAUCAGCAAUUUGUCCGAAGAUGUUGCACUUACUCUCGCUCCUGAUGUCGAAUUCCGCAUGCGUCAAAUCAUGCAGGAAGCUAUCAAAUGUAUGCGCCAUUCCAAGAGGACUAGAUUGACUACAGAUGAUGUUGAUGGUGCGCUUAACCUUACAAAUGUUGAGCCAAUAUAUGGCUUUGCUUCUGGAGGUGCUUUGCAGUUCAAAAGAGCUAUUGGUCAUAGAGAUUUGUUUUAUGUUGAUGACAAGGAUAUUGAUUUUAAAGAUGUGAUUGAGGCACCUUUGCCAAAAGCACCACUUGAUACCGCAGUUGUUUGUCACUGGCUCGCUAUUGAAGGUGUCCAACCUGCCAUCCCAGAAAAUGCUCCAUUGGAAGUUAUUGCACCUCCUUCUGAUGGCAAAAUCAGCGAACAAAAUGAUGAAUUUCCAGUUGAUAUCAAAUUGCCAGUUAAGCAUGUAUUGUCUAGGGAGUUACAGCUAUACUUUGAUAAAAUCACAGAUCUUACAGUGAGAAGGUCUGAUUCUGUUCUCUUUAAAGAAGCAUUAGUGAGUUUGGCCACUGACUCGGGACUUCAUCCGUUAAUUCCUUAUUUCACAUACUUUAUAGCGGACGAGGUUGCUCGUGGUUUAAAUGAUUAUUCUCUUCUCUUUGCUUUGAUGCGUGUUGUUUGGAGUCUUCUCCAGAAUCCUCACAUACACAUUGAACCUUAUCUGCACCAAUUGAUGCCAUCUGUAGUCACCUGCCUUGUUGCGAGAAAGUUAGGGAAUAGAUUUGCAGACAACCACUGGGAACUCAGGGACUUCACUGCUAACUUAGUUGCCUCAAUAUGCAAAAGAUUUGGGCAUGUUUAUAACAGUCUUCAGACACGUUUGACAAAAACCUUGCUCAAUGCUCUUUUGGACCCAAAGCGCUCAUUGACGCAGCAUUAUGGAGCAAUACAAGGAUUGGCAGCUCUUGGGCCUAAUGUGCAGGUUCGCCUUCUUCUACUGCCAAAUCUCAAACCAUAUCUCCAACUUCUUGAACCAGAGAUGCUUCUUGAAAAGCAAAAGAAUGAGAUGAAGAGGCAUGAAGCUUGGCAUGUUUAUGGAGCGUUGCUGUGUGCAGCGGGUCAAUCCAUAUACGACCGCCUCAAGAUGUUCCCAGCAUUGAUGUCCCACCCAGCAUGUGCUGUAUUAAGGACUAAUGAAAAAGUAGUUACUAAAAGGCCAGAAAACUAUCAAGAUAAACGCAAGGCAAGCAUGGAGCAUAUGGAACAGCCGCCACCAAAGAAGAUAGCAACUGAUGGUCCAGUCGAUAUGCAAGUGGAACCAAUAGCUCCAGUCCCUUUAGGUGAUUCUAAAACAGGAUUGUCGACAUCAUCUGAGCAUACGCCUAAUUAUAGCGAAGCAGGCAGCAGAAAUCAAAAAGACAAGGGUGAUAGUCAAGCUAUAAAGACAUCAGCCAUUCUCAGUCAGGUUUGGAAGGACGACUUGAAUUCCGGGCAUCUUCUGGUAUCCCUGUUUGAGCUGUUUGGUGAGAGCAUCCUCUCCUUCAUUCCAUCUCCGGAGAUGUCAUUGUUCUUGUGACCCGUUGUUAAAGUUUGUUUCUUAGGCAUUCGAAACAAAUCAUGAUGGAUGGAGAUACUUUUGGUGUAAAAUUUAAUUAAAUUCCACACCAAAUUCUCCUCGAAGAUUUUAUUUAUUUAGAUUUUCUAUUAUUUCUGCAA